AUGAAUGGCUUUUCAACAUCUCAGCUCCCACGACAGAUAAUUUCAUGGGUCACUAGUGGGACCAAUAUGAAACCAACCACACCUGAUAUUUCCUCCCCCAAGGACCUUAUUGGUUGGCUGCUGGUAUUGGAAAAACAAGGGCUUAAAGUAUGCGAUUACAGCAUCUCGGGGUUACAUGAGAAAACUUUAAAGGACAAAAAGUCAAUGGGAGUCAACAAUGGAGUCAAAGAUGGAGAUAGUAUGAUUGAGGAUGCACCCAUUCAGAUCAAUGGGAGAAGAAAACGCGAUACCAUGGGGUUCGAGUGUGAGGUACAAAAGCAGAUUAAGGUCAUAAAGUGUUGUCAUGAGAAUCAGGGCGAUGGCGGAUUCCGUAGUAAAAAUGAAGUUGGAAACGCGGUUUCCGAUCAGGAGAUGGUGGAUAUGGUCAGGUGAGGUGACCACUGCAUUGGUAGAGUUGUACAAUGUGCUGUUAAAAAUGUUUAUUAAUUCAGAAUUUUUAGUUCAAGUAAAAUUAAUAGGUUCAGUUAGUAGUUCCUGACUUUGUGAGUGUUGAAAAAAAGCAACCCAAUUGAAUUGGAGCGUUCAUAUUAUAUGAUAUUGAAAAUUUGAUGGUAGAAUGGUGGUUCUUGUGACUACAACAAAGAAGUUAAGAGCAGUGAUGUUAUUAUUCAACCAUGCUUGGAUAACAUUAAUGAAGCAAAAAAAUUGGUACG